CCGGAAGUGCCUGGUUUGGGCCUGAGCUGGCCCUACAAACUUCCGGCCCAGGUCUCCUACCUCGAGCUGGUGCGCAGACCGUGGCGGAGCUGAGCCCAGCUGAUCAGGAUGAUCACAGACGUACAGCUCGCCAUCUUCGCCAACAUGCUGGGCGUGUCGCUCUUCCUGCUUGUCGUUCUGUAUCACUACGUGGCCGUCAACAAUCCCAAGAAGCAGGAAUGAAAGUGGCGCUUUCUCCGCCCCAGGGUUCCAGGACAUAGUCUGAGGCAAGAUGGAGGGUGUGAGGGGCCUUCACACUUCACUUCAUCCCUUCUACCCAUCACAACAUACAAAGCAACUACACCUGGAUUUUUCCAAACAACUUUUAUUUCCUCAAAGUCUUCCUUAACCCUAUGGAACAAGAAGCUGCCACUGAGUAGGGCCCAGCACAGGGGCUGCUUUCUUUUCUACUCCCUCCCCGCAGUAUAAAAAUAUAGAUUUUUCUUUUUGUGGU